UGUAUGGCAUUAGGUCUGUUUAGUCGUAUUUCCAACUUUAUUAUAUGCCUCUUUCAUCAAAUUGGUUGCUGUUUCCGCCCGAAAAAAAAUCGUCUACAAGAAUUCCGGAAGCAAUACAAAAUUUUGGACAAGAUAGGCGGUGGUGGUUUCGGAAUUGUUUAUCAAGUAAGAUGAUUUAAUAAAAUCAAGUAUUGAAAGUCUUAAAUUAAUAUAAUUUCCGGGCUACCGAAUUGUUGAUUGCCUGCCUGUAGCGGUAAAAUUUGUUCGAUAUCGACAAGUAACAAACUGGACGUUGAACCAUGGAAUAAUUCUUCCGAAGGAAAUUAUACUCCUAAAAAUAUGCCAAGAUUGUGAGGGUGUCAUUCGUCUCGUUGAUUGGUUCAGCAGGUGAUAAAAAUCCGU